AAGUUUCUGCCUCAAUCUUCCAUUCUUUGAUUUCUUUCCCUUCUAAUAUGAUGCUUGCAAAUUGCAGUUAUUAAUAUUAUUAAUUAUGAUGUGUGAGAGAGAAAGGAGAGGAUCAUGUUAAAUGGUAAUGGUCCUGUCAGGAAACAAGGUUGUCUUCUCUUUCUCAUUGAAUUUCCUUUCUUCCUCUGUUUUCCCCUUUCACAAACCCAACAACACUUGAAAAUUGAAAUGCAGCCAUAAUCUCCAUUGAACAAAACUCACCCAUCACCCAUCUUCUCCAAAACUUCAGAUCUUCACAAAGAAAUGAAUGUUUCAGGCAUGAUUUCUUGUUUUAACGAAAACGCAGUGAAUGUGUCACAUUCUUCAUGUUCUAGCUAUUCAACUUCAAAAAACUCUUGCAUAUCUCCAAUCCUUUCACCUUCAACUCAAAUUUCAGUCUCCUCUGUCUACAGAACAAUCCUCUCUAACCAGAAGCAGCUUCUGAUCACAGUCACAUGGUGCAAGAGCCACUCCAAUCAAGGACUCACCAUAAGCUUUGGUGAAAACAGAGAUCCAUUAGCAGCUGUUUUCAGACUCAACACAAAUUCACGGUUUUUCAGGAAGAAGAAAGGAAGCAAGUUGAUGGAAUCUUCUGAUGAAGAGUCAAGAGUUGAAGUCUUCUGGGAUCUUUCAAAUGCAAAAUAUGACACAGGACCUGAACCUGUUGAUGGGUUUUUUAUAGCAAUUCUUGUAGAUUCAGAACUUGGUCUUGUUCUGGGUGAGAUUUCUGAAGAAACUGUGACUAAGAAGCUGAAAAAUCGAACCAUUUUGGGUAAAUCUUCACUGUUAUCACGGCGAGAGCAUUGUUCAGGGAACACUACCCUUUACAAUACCAAGGCUCAGUUCUGUGACUCUGGAACAUGGCAUGAAAUUUCAAUCAGAUGCAGUGGUGAAAGUGAGGGUCUAAAAUCCCCUGUUCUCUCUGUUUCUAUUGAUAAGAAGAUGGUGAUUCGUGUGAAGAGGUUGCAGUGGAAUUUCAGGGGAAAUCAAACGAUUUUUGUUGAUGGGUUGCUGGUGGAUUUGCUUUGGGAUGUUCAUAACUGGUUUUUCAAUGCUGAUUCUGAUGGGUAUGCAGUUUUCAUGUUCAGGACUAGGAGUGGGUUGGAUAGCAGAUUGUGGUUAGAGGAGAAAUCUGCAUUGAAAGAUAAAGAUGGAGAUAAAUUCUCCUUGUUGAUCUAUGCAUGUAAGAGCACAUAAGAUAAGAUAACUUGUUCAUCUUAGUCUUUUUAACCCUCUUGUUAUACUCUUGUUUUUCUUUUCUCAUUGUUUUUUUUAAUUCUUUAUUAACCAUAGGAAAUGCACAGUAAAUAAUUUUGGGUUGCAGAAAUUUGAGUAAUAGCAGAAUAGUUGGAUGUAGUCUGAGUGUCCUUUUGUUUGUCUGAGUGAGACUGAUACUUAUUUGAGUUUUCAGUGUUCCUGGAAUAAGGUCAAAUUCUGGGUUUCUACCAAACAUUGCAGUUUGAUUAAUAGUUGAGUACAAUGGAAAUUGACUUCAAUUUCAAUGUAAAGGAAAAGUUUCAUUCA